AUGCGGUGUGCGAAAAACGCCGCUGAGAGCGAUUCUGCACGUCUCUGUGCAGACGCCGAAGCAGAAACCACAGCAACUGGUGUCUCAUCGGUUGCUGAUGCAACUCAGCCUGUGUCACCUGGUGAUGCAGGCGCUGGUCAUGAAGACACUCAUGUCUUCACAGAGUAUGAGCUCGGAGUCUCAUACUCUCCUGAUACGGAAGACGGAUCCGUAUCGAAGGCGGUUGAAACCAAGCCGCCUGACAAGCGCGGCAAAAUUGAUACACGCGUCGAAGCAUCUUUGAUUCGUCUGACGAAUCAGAUGAACCAUCGCCAAAGCCGAGGUGCCAGUCCUUCUGUCGGCAUGUCGCAAGAAGAGAGGGACCGCAGUGUGUUGCGUCUCGCUCCCGAGAAGAAGGCAUGGAUGCCUCCAAAAUCUGUCAUGGAUCACUUGUCGGCAACACGGUUGUUCGAUUCGUCAAGGAUCCAUCACCUUGACCCCAGUGCGAAAAACUAUCGUACUGAGAAUGAUUUCUGUAUCGAUGCUUUCUUUAAACAUCGAUGGUACAGUGGGAAUCACAAACGUGAUGGUCCCUCACUGCUUCAAUCGUGGAACGCCUACAUCCAUAACCUUGAGGAUGUAGGUCGUGACGUUUGGAACGACAAACUUAUCAAAGCUCGUGAUAAGUUUGAAAAGCGAACUCCGACAGGUGCACGGUACAAGCUGCAUCGUCUGUCAAGGGAGAAAGGAUUACCCUGUCUCUCAUGGGGAGCCCCGUGCCCUUGUUGUGUAAACAACUCAGCGCGCGCACCUAAGGAGGUUUACCUCCCUAAUAGCCCGUGGUGGCGCGUACGUAUCUCUAGUGAGAUGUACGAAGGGAUUGACAACCUUAAAACCCUUUACGACCGUGCCGGGAAGACUUUCUCUGGCGGUCCUUCUGCGGCACAGGAUGUGCCGCGUCGUACUGAUCAGCCAGACCCAGUACGUCAAUCAUCAGUUGGGAGGGGGGCUCCCAAGUAUCCCAGGACGGGGGACAACCGCGCCACCGGACGAGGUAACUCGUCCGACGUCCGUUCACGUCGCGGUGGUUCAACAGCCGCUCAAUCAGAUAGCGCUGGCCACCGCGAGAGCCCUCCGAUGCAGGUGGAGGAGGAGGGAAAACGCUCUCCAAACUAUCGUGGGGGAGCGUGUGUUCCCGAGAGCUUCUUUAAUCGCGUAACGCAAGGGUUACGCGGCGAUCUCGAACAUGAGCGGGACAGGCGUCCCCAACUGGCGGACACUGUCUGGAAGCAUCGAGCUGAGUUUGCUUUUGCUCAGCUUGAGAACGAGAGAGCUUUGACUGCUCUGCGUGACGAGCUAAGGGUAGCUCGUGGGAUUGUUGAGCGGUCUCGGGCUGAGAUAACUGCUCCCCAGACCCUUGUCGAUGCCCACCAUCGGGAGCACAAGGCUCUCUGCGAGAUGCUUGAGCGCAAGGGCGUUCUUCAUCGGAAGAAGCAGCGUACUGAUGGUACGGAUUAA